UAUAGGGCCGUGCUUUAUCUAAAGAAAGGUUGGACAAUCAUCUCAUAAUCAUGGAAAACACUACAUUUUGCUGUAUGCUUGUCGGAUCUGCUGGCGCAGGGAAGUCUUCCUUUAUCAACACGUUGAUAAAGUACGUCAAUACAACUAAGGAGUCAGGGCAGAAGAUGACUAGGUACAUACCGACUGCAAAGUCACAAGUAAUGGGUGGACAUACCAUGACGCGAGAGCCGAUCAAAUUGACGGACGACCUGAUUAUAGUAGACAACCGUGGAUGGCACGACUGGAACAACGAAGCUGCCUUAAAAGAGCUAUCUGCUCAAAUUCAUGGCAAAAGGUCAUUUGACGAUGAUGUUAAAUGGGAUGAUGAUAGCGACUCAGCUACCGACGACGAAUCAGAAACAACGCUGGCAAUUACUGAUAAAGUAGACUGCACCGCGCUCGUCUUAAACGGAGUUGGAGGAAUCGACGCAGUUGAAAACAUCACUGAGCUCAUCGAGACAUGCCGCCAAAAUACCAAGCGGCCACCAUCUAUCGUGAUAACCCACAAAGAUGCGAUAUCGGAUGAAGAAGUCAAAAAAAUGAUCGGGUUCCUAGAAAACGAGCAAAUCGACCCGGCAAAAAUCUUCGUCGUUAAGAACGUCACAUCGAAGAAUGAAAGUCUCGAUGAUAACACAAGGUCAUGUAUUUGUGAUUUCAUCGGCAGUUGUCAGGAUGAUGGUGAAGCCGGUGCUUCAGCCCACAGAAGAAGGGAGAAUGUGGAGGAGAAACGGGAGAAGAAAAAAGUUAGUGGGAUGCAAAAAGAGAUUGAAAAGGGCCAACAUGAGCUUAAAAAAGCGGAGAUAGCUGAAGCUAAAGCGCGAUUAGAAAGUGAAACAGAAACUAAGAAGGAAAUGGAUAGUAUGAAAGAAGCGGCUUUGAAAAGAGAAUUAGAGAGUGCUGAAAGAUUGCAAGAUAUGUCGGAAGCAAACCGCAAAAAAAUGAACGAUCUUAGACUAAAGAAUGAAUCAGAUAUGCACGCGCACCAUAAAAUUGUCGUGAAGGAAUACUAUGAAGGUCGAUUAAGAAAGGAAUGAAUAUCUCAACAACAACAAAAAAUUCUGGAAAAAAAUGUCCUUACUUCCUGAAGAAAACGCUAAUGGAUGAUUUUUGGGUUUUUUACAGUAUCACUCAAAUUUUAAUUCAUUAAAUAAAAAACGAAAGUGACUCCACUGAUAUUCAUAAUUUUGGUUCUAUGACUAAAUAUAUUUUUUGUAUUCCACUCAUAAAGGACAAUAUGAGUUAUUAGGAGGAGGGGGAGGGGGGAGGCUCUUUCAUUGUACACUAACAUAAUCUUGCUCGAUUAUCUAGGAUAUUUGGACCUUUCCUUUGGUGUUUAGAAUCUCUUGGACAUCUUUAGUAAUCAAUGGGAUAGUAGGAACAAGCUGGUGUUUUUAACAGUUAAUUUACUAAACCUAUAAAGUCACCGUCUCGUCCCCUUUUUUCUUCUUCCGUCACUCUUUUCCUCUUCUCAUUCUAUUGAAUUUUCUUCUCUUUUUUAAAAUAUCGGGUAGGCACUUUACCAUACUAACAAUGAAUUACAAAGGUCAUGGACCUUUAUCAUAAGCAUCUGUCGUUUUGCUAAAUCAAUAUGUAUAUAUUGACUAGUUGAUUUCUGUGUACUCCAAUUUAGGAUUCGAUUCAGUAAAUGGAUACUUCAUUUUAUUCGGAAGGUGUUCAAUUUGCAUAAUCAGCCAUUAAACUAAAUUCAUAUUUUAUUAAAUAAAUGUAGUCUUUCCUCAAUGAAUAUUUUAAUCAUGCAUUGAAUGGAUAUUGUUGAUGAGAAAUUUAUGGCGGAAAUAUUUGUUAUUUUUUGGUAUUUCAGUGGAAGUAUUGAAAUGGUAUAUUUGGAUCACAAAAAUAGCAAAUAAUAUAGGAAAAAAAUAAUAUUACUGGCAUAACUCGCGUGAGAGGAUGAGAAUUUAAUGUCCAUGCACCACUGUGCAUUGGGGAAUGUAUAAAAUGAAAGGGACUAUGAAAUCCGUAUUUUAUGAAUAAAUACUUGAUGACCUUUAUCAUUCUUGGGGAAAUGAGAUUUAAAUGAUAUAUCAUUUCAUUGGUUGAAAUUAAUUAUUUUAAAUGUUCGUAAGUACGAAAAUCAAUAAGGUUUCAUAAUUUGAAAUUUUUAUAAUUAGGAGAAUGGAAUAAAAUUCAAUAUUAUCAUCGAAAUUAUAAAGCAUUCUUAUCUGUUUAAUAUUACGAACCACAUUACAUUCUUGGAAUAACAAUCUUUGGGAAUAAUGAACCCAAUCUUUAGUUUUCCUGAAUAAUGAAUUUUCUCAUGAAAUAAAUGUUUGGAUCAAAGCCCACUCCCCCCCCCACACACACACUCCGGUAUGAGAAAUAUGUAUUGAAUGUAAAUACCGAAAUUGAAAGGAUUUUUCUAAUUAUAUGACCUUAUAUGAAGGUUUUGUAUUUCUAUGUAGAUGUCAUAUAGUUUGUACAAUAAUCUUGUGAAAAUCUAAAUUAUCGGUUUGAUUUUUUAUUCUUAAGGCUCGUUCAGAUACGACUCGGUAUUAACCAUCGAAAGAAACGGCUGCGUUAACAAAAAGAUGUUAUAUAUAUAUAUAUAUCCUGCGUGUAUAGACUGAUCUGGGUGUUAAAAAUAAAAGCGUAUUGCACUUUCUGUAAUCAUUUAAUUAAAAAAAAAACCAAAACCCCCCAAAAAGGUUAUCGCUUUAUUAUCUGAACGAGGCUUUACUGUAAACUGACUAGACAUUGUAAAAUUCAGAGAUUUUAAGACCGUUUUAUUUCAUUUGCUUGAUGUUCUAUCUUACAUUGCAUAACCAUGUACACUUCUAUGUCUAAUGAAUUUUAUCUUCAACUAUUAGCUAUAUAAGCAGUGAUCUCAUUUUCGCAAAUCACGUUACAUUUUAUUUAUUUAUUUGUUUGCUAUGUUAAGGUUCCCUAGCAAACUGCGUAUCUAUUUUAACAGUUUACAUUUUGUACUUCCGUUCAACUCCAACUAUUCACAAACUAGAAGAAGAAAACAAUUUAUCUCUUCCAAAUAUGAAGCGGUACAUCGCGGUUUUGUUGUAUAGUGUGUAAUGAUUCGCGAUAUAGGUCCUACACGUACAUGACGAAUUCACGGAGCCCUGUGUUUUAUAAGUGACAUAAAUGUUGUAGCUUAAAUUGAACAAAAUUUAGUUUAAAUUUUGCAAUAGGUGUAUUCCACUAAAUAGGUGGGUAAUAUACGUAUUACAUGUCUAUGUAAUCCAUAUUAUUAUUAAAAUAACAUGGAACUAAAUAAGAAUUAAAAUACAUGGUACUGGAAAGUCUGUUGGGAAGAUCGUGGCAUGCUGUUUAAUGUAUAGAAUGUGCUAUAUUGUAAACGGUUAAUGAAUGCAAAUUAUUCCCUUACCCAAAUUUGUUGAAACAAGCUAUUCAUUGUUAAUCAGUUAUUGCAUGCUUUGCUUAUACCGUAUGAAAUUAUAGAGCUAGUGUAUAAUCAUGUUUGUGAUGAAAAUGAGCAAAGGUAAAAUGUUAUGAUAGACAUAAGAGUAACAAAACAUAUAGUAAAUAUUGCACCCUGUAGAUAAUCUCUGUACAGUGCGUAUACAGAUAUACACACUUUGAAAAUAUGAUCCCAAAUCAUAAUUUUAUUAAGUUUGCAUGAUCUGAUUUUUUAUAACACAAUUAUAGGUGGGGCUCUUUUCAAUUGUAUGAUACUAACAUUAUUUUACACUUGAGUAAGCAAUGGAUUUUAAGA